UCGAGAGCUCCAUGUCUUCCUCCAAUGGAGACUUCUCCAUCUCCGUCUCCGAAACCAAGCCUUCUCUACCACCAGAUCUCCGUUCUUCUCCUCACCUUCUCGGCCUACGCCUCCUUCCACGCCUCCCGCAAGCCUCCCAGCAUCGUCAAGCCCGCCCUUGCCCCAGAUCCAUCUACCAACUCCCCCGGAUGGUCGCCUUUCGGUGGUGCUUCGGGCCCUCACCGUCUCGGCGAGCUCGACCUCGCCUUCCUCUCCUCCUACUCUGUCGGCAUGUACCUCGCCGGCCACGCCGCCGACCGCCUCAACCUCCGCCGCUUCCUCGCCCUCGGUAUGCUUCUAUCCGGCCUAUCCACCAUCGCUUUCGGCCUCGGCUUCUUCUUCGGCAUCCAUCGCUUGGCCUUCUUCAUGGCUGUCCAGAUCGCCGGCGGUCUGGUCCAGUCCAUUGGGUGGCCGUGCGUCGUCUCCGUGGUCGGUAACUGGUUCGGGAAGUCACGCAGGGGGCUAAUCAUGGGGGUUUGGAACUCGCAUACAUCGUUCGGGAACAUCCUCGGAUCGGUAUUGGCGUCAUCGGUUCUCGAGUUUGGGUGGGGAUGGUCGUUUGUGAUUCCUGGCGUGCUGAUCAUCGUGGUCGGCUUCUUCGUUCUAGGAUUCUUGGUCGUGGAUCCGAGGGACGCCGGGUUCGAGCUCGAGGUGCCGGUGAUGGAGGUCGAGAUGAGCGAUGGAGUUGCGGAUCUGGGGAAUGGGGAGGAGGUUGGGCUUCUGGAAGAUGGAGUCAAGCUUGAUUCGGCUCCGGCGAAGGCCAUUGGCUUCGUGGAGGCAUGGAGACUGCCCGGCGUGGCGCCAUUUGCGUUCUGCCUCUUCUUCUCAAAGCUCGUGGCUUAUACCUUUCUCUACUGGUUGCCCUUCUACAUCCGGCACACUGCUGUUGCUGGGCAACAAUUGUCACACAAAACCGCCGGAAUGCUUUCAACUAUAUUUGAUGUUGGAGGAGUAUUAGGUGGGAUUUCAGCAGGAUUCAUCUCAGAUCGUCUUGAUGCUCGUGCUGUGACCUCAAUCAUUUUCCUCGUAUGCUCAAUCCCGGCACUUGUCAUUUACCGAAUAUACGGCAGCAUUUCAAUGUACUUCAAUAUCAGCCUAAUGUUCCUCUCAGGCUAUUUUGUGAACGGCCCGUAUGCGCUAAUUACCACGGCUGUUGCUGCUGAUCUGGGUACUCAAGACUCGAUUAAAGGAAAUUCACGAGCUUUAGCCACGGUGACUGCCAUCAUUGAUGGUACUGGCUCUGUUGGAGCUGCUUUGGGGCCAUUGCUAACAGGUUAUAUCUCAACUAAUGGUUGGGACAGUGUUUUCUUAAUGCUUAUUUUAUCGACUUCUCUUGCAAUCAUGUUUUUGAUUCACCUUGCAAAAGCUGAGAUACAAGCAAAAUAAACCAAAGAAACUACACUUGUGCAACAAAAAUUGGAGGGAGUUUCACCCCCGCAUUACAGGAUAUAUUUUUUUGAUGAUUCAUAUAUAUAUAUAUAUAUAUAUAUAUAUAUAUAUGUAUACAAUUUGUUGUAAGAACCACAUCGAUGUAGAUAACAUUUUUCUUAUACGAGCACAUUUGAUUUUGGAUUUGUGUGAUUCUUCAUUUCUUGUUUGUAAAGGACACAUGUACCAUAAUUUGCAGUAUCCAUUCUGAAGGUUUCA